UCGCUGCGCGCAGUUAUUUGCCGGCGCCCUGGCCAGGAAUGGCGGUCGGCGGUGGCUGGGAAGACCCAUCGACCCGGGACGUGGGAUCCUGGGGACCGCGCAGGGUGAGGCCACCUCGGUUUGGGAAAUACUGGCCUGAGCCUGGGGCAUGGAAUUCCUAACAACCCCGGGACCCCCUCUGGGGCCUCCAGCCAUGGACUUGGAGGAGCCCAGGGACACGCUUGCGCCCUCGCAGGACUUCCCCCCUGACUCCCAGUGGGACCCGGUGCCAGGAGGCCCCAGCAGCCUCAGUCAAAUGGAACUUGACAGGCCAGAUAUUCAGGACCUUGUACAACAGUUUGAGGCUCUGCCAGGCGAUCUGGCAGGCCUGUCCUCAGAUGGAUCCCCCUGUCCCCUGCACAUUGCCACUGGCCACGGCCUGGCCUCCCAGGACCUAGCCGAUGCCCAUGGGCUCUUGUCUGCUGAGGCUGGCCGAGACGACCUGCUGAGCCUUUUGCAUCUCAAGGAGUCCCCUCCUUCCCAGUCUUGUUCCAAGGAGCCUCCAGAUCCUGCUCCUCACAUGUUGCAGCCCCCUGAGGACCCAGAUAGGGAUACUGGCCCCCAGCAAUGGGCAGAGGGAGCCUCUGCUGAGCGACGUGGCAGCAGAAGCUCAAGCAGCUCCACGGAACCCUGGCUGGAGAUGGUCCCUCUGAUUGUUCCUGAAGAGCAGCCUGCCAGUACUGAGAGCUCCAAGACUGUGGCUUCAUACCCGGCCCUCCAGGAGGUUUUGGGUCCCUGUGACCAUGAAGAUCUCCUCGAUGGUGUCAUAUUUGGGGCCAAAUACCUGGGCUCCACCCAGCUGGUGUCUGAGCGGAACCCGCCCCCCAGCACGCGCAUGGCACAGGCCCAGGAGGCCAUGGAUCGUGUCAAGGCCCCCGAUGGGGAGACCCAGCCCAUGACAGAGGUGGACCUCUUCAUCUCCACCAAGAGGGUCAAGGUUCUGAUCGCUGAAUCCCAGGAGGCCAUGAUGGACCACACCCUGCAGACCAUCUCCUACAUCGCUGACAUCGGCAGUGUGCUGGUGAUUAUGGCCCGCCGGCGGCUGCCCCGACAGCCAGCAUCCCAGGCCCACGGCCCCCAGCUCUACAAGAUGAUCUGCCAUGUUUUCCACUCAAAGAACGCCCAGCUCAUUGCUCAGGCCAUUGGCCAGGCCUUCGCCGUGGCCUACAGCCAGUUCCUGCGGGAAAAUGGCAUUGACCCCAGUCAGGUGGGCGCCCAGCAGAACCAAGGGGCCAUGGACCCUGGCCACCUCCACAACGGGGACCUCGACCACUUCUCCAACAGUGAGAACUGCAGGGAGGUGGUCAUCGAGAAGCGCAGGGGUGAGGGCCUGGGAAUGGCCCUGGUGGAGUCGGGCUGGGGCUCCUUGCUGCCCACUGCUGUCAUUGCCAACCUGCUGCACAGGGGCCCCGCCGAGCGCUCGGGGGCCCUUAGCAUCGGGGACCGCCUUACUGCCAUCAAUGGGACCAGCCUUGUGGGGCUGCCCCUGGCCACCGUCCAGGCUGCCAUCCGUGAGGUGAAGUCGCAGACGUUGGUGACCCUCAGCAUCGUCCACUGCCCCCCGGUCACCACGGCCAUCAUCCGCCGACCCCACGCUCGAGAGCAGCUGGGCUUCUGCGUGGAGGAUGGCAUUAUCUGCAGUCUCCUCCGUGGGGGCAUCGCCGAGCGCGGGGGCAUCCGCGUGGGGCACCGCAUCAUUGAGAUCAAUGGACACAGUGUGGUGGCCACACCACACGCCCGAGUCAUUGAGCUUCUCAUGGAGGCCCACACUGAGGUCCACAUCAAGACCAUGCCAGCGGCCACCUACCGCCUGCUCACAGGCCAGGAGCAGCCCGUGUACCUGUGACUGGUCAUCACCCCCACCGCUGUGCCUUAGCCCCACCAGCCUUGGAACUCUGUCCAUGGUGCCUCCUUGGCUGGAUAGGGCCCCAGAUGAUUCUUGGCUCUAUAUUAUUUUCUGAUGUAAAAAAAUUAAAAGCUUAUCAAAUGA